CACAGUGUGUUUGAAGGAGAACUUUCAGAGAUGAUACCUGUUGUCCAUGCAUCAAUAGCGGGGUGCAGAAUUAUUGGGAGGAUGUGUGUAGGAAAUCGUAAUGGCCUUCUAGUUCCAAACAAUACAACAGACCAGGAGCUCCAAAACAUAAGAAACAGUUUGCCAGACUCUGUUCGGAUCCAAAGAGUAGAGGAGAGACUGUCUGCUUUAGGGAAUGUCAUAGCUUGUAAUGAUUAUGUAGCUCUGGUUCACCCGGACCUUGAUAGGGAAACUGAAGAGAUUUUGGCAGAUGUGCUGAAAGUAGAGGUUUUCAGACAGACUGUUGCUGAUCAAGUUCUAGUUGGGAGUUACUGUGCGUUCAGCAAUCAAGGAGGGUUGGUGCAUCCUAAAACCUCAAUAGAAGAUCAAGAUGAGUUGUCUUCUCUUUUGCAGGUUCCCCUUGUGGCUGGAACAGUAAAUCGAGGUAGUGAAGUAAUUGCAGCAGGGAUGGUUGUUAAUGACUGGUGUGCAUUCUGUGGUCUGGACACAACAAGUACAGAGCUGUCAGUAAUAGAAAGUGUAUUCAAACUAAGCGAUGCCCAGCCAAGUACUAUUGCCACCAUUAUGAGGGACUCGCUGAUUGACAGUUUGACAUAAACGGUUCCGUGCCGGGAAAAAAUUACCCUGACUGGUGAAGUUCAUCUGCUCCCUGUAUUAAACCAUAUUCAUUAAUUCAACACAGGACUUCUGCCAUCUGUCAUCAUGGCUUCAUCUGAAUCUAAAUAUUGUAUCGGCGCUAAAAUAUACUAAUAGUUAUACCACCUUUUGCACCCAAGAAGGAAGCAUAUGUAACAAAGCACUGACAAAUGUUCUUAACUAUAAUAAAUACAUCUUUAUCAUUAGUAUAUUACAGUUUGUAUGUUUUGCCUUGCUUUCAAGCAGGACUUGUCUUCCAAGAAGUCUAGAUUUUAAUUUCAAGCUUCUGAUAUUAAAGUAUAACUCCCAGGCACUAUGUAAAAUAAAAUUCAACUAUGUAUUAAAAAUGUAUUUUUUAAAAGCCUAGCAUAUGUAAUUGAAUUUGGUUUU